AUGGGCGAUGGGGGCGCGGAGCGCAACCGGGGCCCCGCGCGCCGGGAUCCCCGCGGCGAGCGCAGCGCGGAUCGCGGCGGAGCAGAGGCCCGGAGCGGCCGCAGCCCGGAGAGCACCGCCAGGACCUCCAGCCCCGUGGGGUCCAGGGAGAGCGGCGCCGACUGCGACGGGCAGCCCGGGGUCGGGGAGACAGACCACUGCCGCCGCAUCCUGGUGCGAGAUGCCAAAGGGGCCAUCCGGGAAAUCGUCCUGCCCAAGGGCCUGGACCUGGACCGGCCCAAGCGGACCCGCACAUCCUUCACAGCCGAGCAGCUGUACCGCCUGGAGAUGGAGUUCCAGCGCUGCCAGUACGUGGUGGGCCGGGAGCGCACUGAGCUGGCCUGCCAGCUGAACCUCUCGGAGACCCAGGUGAAGGUCUGGUUCCAGAACCGCCGCACCAAGCAGAAGAAGGACCAGAGCAGAGACCUGGAGCAGCGGGCGUCCUCCGAAGCCUUCGCCACCUCCAGCGUCCUGCGGCUGCUGGAGCGGGGCCGCCUGCUGGCCGCGCCCCGCGCCCCCGGCCUCCUGGCGCUGCCGCCCGGCCUGCUGGGCCUGCCCGCCGGCCCCCGGGGCGCCGCCUCCGGAGCCUCCAGGAACUGCUCCCCGCGCCUCCCCGCGCCGGGCCCGGCCUCCGGGGCGCCGCUCCCGCCCGCGCUCUGCUUCGCCGCCGCCCCCAUCCUGGACCUGCCCGCCCGCUGCGACUUGGGCUCCUCGGCCUUCGAGCCUUACAGCCCGCCCCACGGCCGGCCCCACAGCCCGCCCCACAGCCGGCCCCACAGCCCGCCCCACAGCCGGCCGGAGCGGGGAGGCGGCAGCCCCCGCGGCGCCAGGAAAGCCAGCGCCUAA